GCCGGAGGGCGGAGCGUGCCGGGCCGGACGCGCCGUCGGGGCCAAUCAGAAAGGCGAGAGAAGGAAUUGGCCGCUGCGCCUCUUCCCGAGGCAUGCUGGGAGCCUGGAGGACUAGCGAGGAGGAGUUGAGAGAACGGAGCGGACGCCAUGGCGGCCGACAUCGAGCAGAUUUUUAGGUCUUUCGUGGUCAGUAAAUUCCGGGAAAUCCAACAGGAGCUUUCCAGUGGAAGGAGUGAAGGCCAGCUAAAUGGUGAAACAAAUACACCUGUUGAAGGAAACCAGGCAGGUGAUGCAGCUGCCUCUGCCAGGAAUCUCCCAAAUGAAGAAAUAGUGCAGAAGAUAGAAGAAGUCCUUUCUGGGGUCCUAGAUACAGAACUACGAUGUAAGCCAGACUUGAAAGAGGCCUCCAGAAAAAGUAGAUGUGUGUCUGUGCAGACAGAUCCUACUGAUGAAGUUCCCACCAAAAAAUCAAAGAAGCAUAAAAAGCACAAAAAUAAAAAGAAGAAAAAGAAGAAAGAAAAGGAAAAAAAAUAUAAAAGACAGCCAGAAGAAUCUGAAUCAAAGCCGAAAUCUCAUAAUGAUGGGAACAUAGAUUUAGAAUCAGAUUCCUUUUUAAAGUUUGAUUCUGAAUCUUCAGCAAUGGCACUGGAACCUGUGAGAGCAUUUGGGCUAUCUGAGACCAGUGAAUCAUCUGCAGUUUUGUUAGAACCUCCUUUAGUAUCAAUGGAGGUGUCAGAGCCGCACAUCUUAGAAACUCUAAAGCCAGCUACAAAAACUGUAGAACUGUCAGUUGCAUCAACAUCAGUAAUCUCAGAGCAGUCCGAGCAGCCUGUGGCAGGAAUGCUGGAACCGUCCACAUCAAAGAUUCUGGAUUCCUUUGCAACAGCACCAGUGCCUGCUACAGCAGUAGUGCCGAAGUCAUCUGAGCCAGUUGUCACAAUGUCAGUGGAGUAUCAGAAGUCUGUGCUGAAAUCUUUGGAGAAUGCAUCUACAGAGUCAUCAAAGAUGCUGGUAGACCCUCUAGGAGCAAAAGCCCUAGAGCCACCACAAACCCCUGGCAUAGCAUCUGAAGCACCUGCUGAGGUGCACCCUGAGCCAAGCACAUCAACAGCAAUGGAUUUUUCAGAGUCAUCUGCAACUGAAGUGCUUAGCUUGCCAGAGCAGCCUGUAGACGUACCAUCGGAGAUGACAGAGUCAUCCGUGACAAGACCACAGGAGUUGAUGGAGCUGCCUAAGACCACGGCGUUGGAGUUGCCGGAGUCGUCGGUGGCCUCAGCGCUGGAGUUGCCGGGGCCACCUGCGAUCUCCAUGCCGGAGUUGCAGGGGCCCCCUGUGACUCCAGUGCUGGGGUUACCUGGGCCCUCUGCUACCCCGGUGCCAGAGUUACCAGGGCCCCUCUCUACCCCAGUGCCUGAGUUGCCAGGGCCCCCUGUGACACCAGUGCCCGAGUUGCCGGGGCCCCCUGUGACACCAGUGCCACAGCUGUCACAGGACUUGCCAGGGCUUCCAGCACCAUCUAUGGGGUUGGAGCCACCACAGGAGGUACCAGAGCCACCUGUGAUGGCACAGGAGUUGCCAGGGCUGCCUGCAGUGUCAUCCGCAGUAGAAUUGCCAGGGCAGCCUGCGGUAACAGUAGCAAUGGAGUUGACCGAACAACCUGUGACGACGACAGAGUUGGAGCAUCCUGUGGGGAUGACAACGGUGGAACAUCCUGGGCAUCCUGAGGUGACAGCAGCAACAGGGUUGCUGGGGCAGCCUGAGGCAACAAUGGUGCUGGAGUUGCCAGGACAACCAGAGGCAACUACAGCCCUGGAGUUGCCUGGGCAGCCUUCAGUGACUGGGGUGCCGGAGUUGCCAGGGCUGCCUUCGGCAACUAGGGCACUGGAGUUGUCAGGGCAGCCUGUGGCAACUGGGGCACUUGAGUUGCCUGGGCAGCUCAUGGCAACUGGGGCACUGGAGUUCUCGGGGCAGUCUGGGGCAGCUGGAGCACUGGAGCUUUUGGGGCAGCCUCUGGCAACAGGGGUGCUGGAGUUGCCAGGGCAGCCUGGGGCGCCAGAGUUGCCUGGGCAGCCUGUGGCAACUGUGGCGCUUGAGAUCUCUGUUCAGUCUGUGGUGACAACGUCGGAGCUGUCAACGAUGACCGUGUCGCAGUCCCUGGAGGUGCCCUCGACGACAGCGCUGGAAUCCUAUAAUACGGUAGCACAGGAGCUGCCUACUACAUUAGUGGGGGAGACUUCUGUAACAGUAGGAGUGGAUCCCUUGUUGGCCCAAGAUUCCCAUAUGUUAGCUUCUAACACCAUGGAGGCCCAUAUGUUAGCAUCCAACACCAUGGAAUCCCAAAUGCUAGCGUCCAAUACCAUGGACUCCCAGAUGCUAGCAUCCAACACCAUGGACUCCCAGAUGCUAGCCUCUAGCACCAUGGACUCCCAGAUGUUAGCCUCUAGCACUAUGGACUCCCAGAUGUUAGCCACUAGCUCCAUGGACUCCCAGAUGCUAGCUACUAGCACUAUGGACUCCCAGAUGUUAGCAACCAGCUCCAUGGACUCCCAGAUGUUAGCAACCAGCUCCAUGGACUCCCAGAUGUUAGCAACCAGCUCCAUGGACUCCCAGAUGUUAGCAACCAGCUCCAUGGACUCCCAGAUGUUAGCAACCAGCUCCAUGGACUCCCAGAUGUUAGCAACCAGCUCUAUGGAUUCCCAGAUGUUAGCAACCAGCUCUAUGGAUUCCCAGAUGUUAGCAUCUGGCACUAUGGAUUCCCAGAUGUUAGCUUCCGGCACCAUGGACGCUCAGAUGUUAGCAUCUGGUACCAUGGAUGCCCAGAUGUUAGCAUCUAGUACCCAAGAUUCUGCUAUGUUGGGUUCAAAAUCUCCUGAUCCCUAUAGGUUAGCACAGGAUCCUUACAGAUUAGCUCAAGAUCCCUAUAGGUUGGGUCAUGACCCUUACAGGUUAGGUCAUGAUGCUUACAGGUUAGGACAAGAUCCCUAUAGAUUAGGGCAUGAUCCAUAUAGACUAACUCCUGAUCCCUAUAGGAUGUCACCUAGACCCUAUAGAAUAGCUCCCAGGUCUUACAGAAUAGCACCUAGACCAUACAGGUUAGCACCUAGACCCUUGAUGUUGGCAUCUAGACGGUCUAUGAUGAUGUCCUAUGCUGCAGAACGUUCCAUGAUGUCAUCUUACGAACGCUCUAUGAUGUCUUACGAGCGCUCCAUGAUGUCACCUAUGGCUGAGCGAUCUAUGAUGUCAGCCUAUGAGCGCUCUAUGAUGUCAGCUUAUGAGCGCUCUAUGAUGUCUCCUAUGGCUGAACGCUCUAUGAUGUCAGCUUAUGAACGCUCUAUGAUGUCCGCUUAUGAGCGUUCCAUGAUGUCCCCGAUGGCUGAUCGAUCUAUGAUGUCCAUGGGUGCGGACCGGUCCAUGAUGUCGUCGUACUCUGCUGCUGACCGAUCUAUGAUGUCAUCGUACUCUGCAGCUGACCGAUCUAUGAUGUCAUCUUACACUGACCGUUCAAUGAUGUCUAUGGCAGCUGAUUCUUACACUGAUACUUAUACUGAUACAUAUACAGAGGCAUAUAUGGUGCCACCUUUGCCUCCUGAAGAGCCUCCAACAAUGCCACCAUUGCCACCUGAGGAGCCACCAAUGACACCACCAUUGCCUCCUGAGGAACCACCAGAGGGUCCAGCAUUACCUGCUGAGGACUCAGCAUUAGCAGCUGAAAAUACAUGGCCUACAGAGGUGCCAGCAUUACCUACUGAAGGGUCUGUGUCACAGCCUGAGCCUCCUGUGAGUCAGAGUGAGAUCUCAGAGCCUUCAGCGGUCCCUGCUCAUUAUUCAGUGUCAGCAUCAGAGUCCUCAGUGUUAACAUCAGAGGCUGUCAUGACUGUUUCAGAACCACCACUGGAGCCAGAGUCUUCAGUUACAUCCACACCUAGAGAGUCUGCUGGAGUAGAACAGGAAGUUCCAGAGAGACCAGUGACUGAAACUCCCAUGAUGUCAGUGGAACCAGCUGUGUUAACAGCAGAGCCUCCUGUUGUAUCCGAGACAGCAGAAACAUUAGAUUCCAUGAGAACCUCAGCACAUGCCUCAGAAUUAUCUGUGCCCUUGUUGGAGCCAGCAGUAACUAUACCAGAACCAGCAGAGAACAUUCUGGAGUUACCAGCCGUGGCUGUCUCAGAGGCUGCAGCGGUGGCUGUCCAGGAGCCUCCUGCCAUGGUUGUGGCUGUCCCAGAGUCUCCUACCACGGUUGUGGCUGUCCCAGAAUCUCCAGCUGUGGCUGUCUUGGAGCCGCCUCCUGUGGCUGAAUCAGAACCGCAGGUUGUAGCUGUCGACCCUCCAGCUGUGAUUGAGCCAGAGCAUGUCACCAUUCCAGUGUCAGUUUCUGCCCUGGAGCCUACUGUGCCUAUUGUGGACCCGGCAGUGUCAGUCCUUCAACCUGCUAUGAUUAUUUCAGAACCAUCUCUUUCUGUCCAAGAAUCCACUGUGACAAUUUCAGAAUCUGCUGUCACUAUUUCAGAGCAGACGGAAAUAAUAUCGACCGAGAUGGUUUUAGAGUCUACACCAGUAAUAUUGCAGUCUAGUGUUAUGUCUUCAUCACUUGUUGUGAAAGGGAUGAAUUUACUUUCUGGUGAUCAAAGUUUUGCUCCGGAGAUUGGCAUGCAGAAGAUCCCAUUGCAUUCAAGUGAAGAGCCGCGUGCUGAAGGACACCUGAAAAGUGACUCUUACGAAAGUGAAUGUAGUAUAAAUACAGACCUUAAUACAAAUAAUCACUUAAUUGCUAAAGAGAUGGAACAUAGUACAGUGUCUGCUGCUGACACUGGUCCUGUUGGUGAAAUUGGUGAAGAGAAAAUUUUGCCCAUCAAGGAGACUGAACAAUGUACAGUAUUGGAUACUAGCUCUGGUGUUAAUGAAACUGAUGCAAGAGGAACUCUGUCUUCUACUGGUCCUUUGGCUGUGGAACCUGACGCAGUGGAAACUAGUAAGGGUACUGAAUAUAUGACACCAUCUGCUCUCGGUUCAGUUAAUAAGUAUGAUGUUGAUGUAUCUUUAACUACUCAAGAUACUGAGCAUGACAUGGUCAUUUCCACGAGCCCCAGUGGUGGUAGUGAAGCUGACAUAGAGGGACCUUUGCCUGCUAAAGACAUUCAUCUUGAUUUAGCAUCUGGUAAUCUUAGUAAAGAUACAGAAGAACUGUUACCUGUAAAAGAGAGCGACCAGACAUUAGCAGUUGUUGUCAGCCCUAAAGAAAGUAGUGGGGAAGAUAAAGAGGUACCUCUCCCUACUAAAGAGAUACCUGAUUCAGGAUUUCCUACAAAUAUUGAGGAUAUUAAUGAAGCAGAUUUGGUGAGACCAUUACUUCCCAAGGACAUGGAACGUCUUACAAGCCUUAGAGCUGGCAUUGAAGGACCUUUACUUGCAAGUGAGGCUGAACGUGACAAAUCUGCUGCCAGUCCAGUUGUAAUUAGUAUACCAGAAAGAGCUUCGGAGUCAUCUUCAGAAGAAAAAGAUGAUUAUGAGAUUUUUGUUAAAGUUAAGGACACACAUGAGAAAAGCAAGAAAAAGAACCGUGACAAAGGUGAAAAAGAGAAAAAAAGAGAUUCUUCAUUAAGAUCUCGGAGUAAACGUUCCAAAUCAUCUGAACAUAAAUCACGCAAGCGUACUAGUGAAUCUCGUUCUAGGGCAAGGAAGAGGUCUUCUAAGUCCAAGUCUCAUCGAUCUCAAACACGUUCACGGUCACGGUCAAGACGCAGGAGGAGGAGCAGCAGGUCUAGAUCAAAGUCUAGAGGAAGGCGAUCUGUAUCAAAAGAAAAGCGCAAAAGGUCUCCAAAGCACAGAUCUAAAUCCAGGGAAAGGAAAAGAAAAAGAUCAAGCUCAAGGGACAACCGGAAAGCAGUCCGAGCUCGAAGUCGCACUCCAAGUCGCAGGAGUCGCAGUCACACUCCGAGCCGUAGGAGGAGGUCUAGAUCCGUGGGUAGAAGAAGGAGUUUCAGUGUUUCCCCCAGUAGACGGAGCCGCACCCCCAGCCGACGGAGCCGCACCCCCAGCCGAAGGAGCCGCACCCCCAGCCGACGGAGUCGCACCCCCAGCCGACGGAGCCGCACCCCCAGCCGACGGAGCCGUACCCCCAGCCGACGGAGCCGCACUCCUAGCCGUCGAAGAAGAUCUAGGUCUGUGGUGAGAAGACGAAGCUUCAGUAUAUCACCAGUCAGAUUAAGGCGAUCAAGAACGCCUCUGAGAAGAAGGUUUAGUAGAUCUCCUAUCCGUCGUAAAAGGUCCAGGUCUUCUGAAAGGGGCAGAUCACCCAAACGUCUAACAGAUUUGGAUAAGGCUCAAUUACUUGAAAUAGCCAAAGCUAAUGCAGCUGCCAUGUGUGCUAAGGCUGGUGUUCCUUUACCGCCAAACCUAAAGCCUGCACCUCCACCUACAAUAGAAGAGAAAGUUGCUAAAAAGUCAGGAGGAGCUACUAUAGAAGAACUAACUGAGAAAUGCAAACAGAUUGCACAGAGUAAAGAAGAUGAUGAUGUAAUAGUGAACAAACCUCAUGUUUCGGAUGAAGAGGAAGAAGAACCUCCUUUUUAUCAUCAUCCCUUUAAGCUCAGUGAACCCAAACCCAUUUUUUUCAAUCUGAAUAUUGCUGCAGCAAAACCAACUCCACCAAAAAGCCAAGUAACAUUAACUAAAGAAUUUCCCGUUUCAUCUGGAUCUCAACAUCGAAAGAAAGAAGCAGACAGUGUUUAUGGAGAGUGGGUUCCUGUAGAGAAGAAUGGUGAAGAAAACAAAGAUGAUGAUAAUGUUUUCAGCAGCAAUUUGCCCUCAGAGCCUGUGGACAUCUCUACAGCAAUGAGUGAACGGGCACUUGCUCAGAAAAGACUCAGUGAGAAUGCAUUUGACCUUGAAGCCAUGAGCAUGUUAAACCGAGCUCAGGAAAGGAUUGAUGCCUGGGCUCAGCUGAACUCUAUUCCUGGCCAGUUCACAGGAAGUACAGGAGUACAGGUUCUGACACAAGAACAGUUGGCUAAUACUGGUGCCCAAGCCUGGAUUAAAAAGGAUCAGUUCUUAAGAGCAGCCCCAGUAACUGGAGGAAUGGGAGCCGUUCUGAUGAGAAAAAUGGGCUGGAGAGAAGGAGAAGGAUUAGGAAAAAACAAAGAAGGAAAUAAGGAGCCUAUCCUAGUUGAUUUUAAGACAGAUCGUAAAGGUCUUGUUGCAGUAGGAGAAAGAGCACAAAAGAGGUCUGGGAACUUCUCGGCUGCAAUGAAAGAUCUGUCAGGCAAACAUCCUGUGUCUGCCUUGAUGGAAAUCUGUAACAAGAGAAGGUGGCAACCACCUGAAUUUCUUUUGGUCCAUGAUAGUGGCCCUGAUCAUCGCAAACAUUUUCUCUUUAGGGUAUUGAUAAAUGGAAGCGCUUACCAGCCCAGCUUUGCCAGCCCUAAUAAGAAGCAUGCUAAAGCCACAGCUGCUACUGUGGUUCUUCAAGCAAUGGGCCUUGUACCAAAGGACCUCAUGGCUAAUGCCACUUGCUUCAGGAGUGCCUCACGUAGAUAGAUUGAGGUUUUAUAUUAAUCAUUUCAGAUAAUUUUACUCUGCAUCACAAUGUAUUUCCUCUUUAAUGUUGUAAAUAUUUGGCAAUUUAAGACAUUGUGUAAAAAGCAAUCUGUACAAACAUCUCCAGGCUUUGAUUUUUGUACCAUGGAAAUUGUAUUUAACCAUACAGGGUUUUGGUAUGUUUAUAUUGUUUACCUUAGUGAUGUAUUUGUUUAAGUGGCUAACAUCCAAACAGUUGUUUGAAGGCAUCAGUAAUCUUCAGUGUGGAAUGUUAAAUAACGCUUUUAUACUGUAUUUUGUACUAUGAUGUAACUCCCCUUCCUAUGGCUAGGCUGCUGUAACACUUGCCUGUAAUCAGUGAAGGGCUGUGCACCUUGUACUAUUUCACAAUGGGUUCUGCUGGACAGAUACUGGGCCAGUGUUAUUGAGGUAAUCAAGCAAGAUCUGUUCCACAGGGCUAAUGCCACCAUCUCCCCUUAAAAUUUUGUAGAGGUUAUAAAAAGAAAAGUGGUAUGUUGUGUGAUGACCAGCACUAAGUCCUGCAUUCCCGUUAAAGCCACUUGGGUCAUAAGAGUGGAGGAAGUCUGACUAGAAUUCUGCAGAGGCCAAGUAUGUUUAGUAUGGCAUUGAGUUGUGAUAUAGUUUUACUUUGAUGUGCAUUUUGAAUUUCAGCUACACCUAGAUAGAUGUAAAAUGAUAAUUACAAUGCUGUAACCAACUUAUCUAAUAAAAUUGGCAACCAGCCACUAUUUUGUUGACUAUGAGAAAGUUUAUGUUAAUUUUUAGGGUCUGAUAGAGUAUUUCAUGUGUAUUACAGUGGUAUUCAUAUGCUAUGUCUCUAAACUUUAUUUUCAAAAGCUUAAGGCCCAAAUACAAACUUCUCUGGAACAAACGUGGUGGUUUAUUUUCUGGAUUAUAAAGUAAACACAUACUUCUUCACUAAA